AUGAGUCAGAAAAAUCCCCGUUCUUAUUGCGGUGUUGCAGAAAUUGGGUAUCAGUCAGUCGCGAGCUACAGCUACAUACGUUCCUGUGAUCUCCAGGCUCGUGUAUCCGACGACGUUAAACUCAGAGCUAAUACCAUGGAUGGAAUCGCGGUGACGCCCAGUACUGUAAACUAUGCAGAUAAAUUUGUUGAGUUUGUCGAACGUUUGUUUACAAGUGUGUUCUACCUGUUUGCUGUAUACGUGUUCAUAUGUAGAGUAAGGGGGGACUAUGUUCCAUUCAUCUAUGCAGUAGGCACCAGUGGCCAGCAUUCUGUUGUAAGUACUGGUGAUCUGAUUUUCAUGACACCUAUUGGUCAGCACUCGCACUUGGACAUCGGUGACAUUGUUACAGUGAAAGAUACCAGAAAAUAUUAUGACUAUUACAUCCAAAAAGUAACAGACAUAUAUCAGCCAAGUGUCACGGACAUUGACCCUAUGGUGGAGAUUCAGUACCAACGAGAAGACAGCAUACAACUAGAACGUCGCUGGUUCAAAUUGAGUGAUAUCGUCGGAAGACAUUACUUCAGCGUGUCUUUUCCAACUCAAAUGCUGGAUGAGACAAAAGACGCAGUCUGCAAAGUUGCAGACGCACGAAGGCACACCAUCCACGAAUGGGUAUCUAUCAUUGGCAACGCUAUGUAUUUUCAGUUUCUACACAACUCUACUUUCUGUUCGUCUUCCUACUACACGAAAGCUAUUGAACAACAAUGGAUAAAAAAUGUAGGAAUGAUCAGACAUGUUGAGAUACCCAUGCCUUGCUGGUACAAACAAAGGGUUGUGAUUGAGGAUAUUCUUUCAGAGGAUGAAAUGAACCGACACCUUCAUGUCAUAAUAGCAAACUUAGAAAAUUGGUUUUCGGUGAUUGGUCUGUCCGAGAAAUAUGACCUUACUCUGCAAAUGCUAGAGGCAGCGUACGUAGGCCAUACUACGAGAUAUGCUCUACGAAUAAAAAUAAUAUAG